AUGGUAAUCAUAAAAAUUCUUGUCAAAAAUCUAGUGUCUGAAUUUAAUUUAUUAUAUGAUCAACAGAAUCCUAAUAAAGAUCAAGUUAUUAAACGACAAACUAUGUUCAAUAUCGAAAAACAUGCAUGGCCAAUUGCUAAAAAUGCGGAUAUCAUCUCACAAGGGGUUUCACUGCGCGGAUUUCUUGGUAGUGAAGCAUUAGAUGGGAUGUUUGAUUGUAUAUUACGGUGCAUAUUCAAUUGGCAACAGUCUGAUGAAUACAAGAUCCAUCAGGCCGAUAUUGUUAAGCUUGCGAAACUUCGAGUCACUUCUGCAACCAAAAAGGUAGAGAAUAAACAACUGAAGCGGACUGCUCAAGUGGCUGGUUUGGGUGGGCAGGUGCAAAUCAACACCUCAACCAAUCAAAACACAGAUUUACAAAACACCACCACUGACGCACUACGACCACUCAAGCGGACUCUUCCUCCAACUCCACUAACACCUGACAAUUUCGGACCAAAUCUCUACAAUCCAAACACCGGCCCGGCCUCCAUCAAUCAGAUUACACCCGAUAGUUUCCAACCACUAAAUACACACCCACUUGAUGAAAGUACAAUUGCUUCACAGUUGCCCCAGUACGAACCAAUUACACCCGACAGUUUCCAACUACCAAACACAGGCCCACUCCAUAGAGGUCCAAUUGCUGCAGAGUCCUUUGGGUCGUCCCAAUACAAUCCAACCCUUGAUGAUCAAAACACUUCACUCUCUAACCCUCUAAUUGUGUAUCAGUUUCAUCGUUCAAGUUCUCCACUUUCAUUCCUUGCAAACCAGUCUUUAGAUCAGCAAUUACUUAUGAACUCAUAUUAUGAAGAAAGUACAUCACUUGAAGAACCGAUUGCAAAUUCUUUUCAUGAUCAUGCUUCUAUCAAUCAUCCCAUUCAAGCUCAAAUUGAUUCGACUUUGGAUUCAAUUCAUCCAAAUCAAGACUCUACUGUAAACUCAUUGCAAUAUUCCUUUGAAGAUGUCGACUCAAUAUCCAAUUGGUCAAACACUAGACUGAAUGUAUUUCAAACGGAUCAACAAAAUCAACAUUCUUUUUCCAACCCAAUACAACACUCUCCAAGUCUUAACCGCUCAUCAUCUCAUCAACGCACUACAUCAUACCUCAAUGUCUCAAAUGAGUCUCAGAUCGAUUUUCCACAAGCAAACCCUGACGCGAUUGUACAGACAAACCUAACUGGUUUUCCAAACCAGACUUCGGUCAUACAAACCCAUGGUCAAUUGGAACCUGACUUAGAGCUCCAUUGGAAGCGCUUUGGGUGA